GCAGCGGCAGAGCAAGACAGCAGCAGAGCAAGCAAGACAGCAGCAGACCAUGCAGUCAGCAGUAGCGGUCAGCAGAGUCAGCACGCAGCACCGCAGCCAGCGCCAGACCGACAUCGCGUGACCCGCCACCGCACAGUCGCAACUCCACUGCCGAAGCAGCGGGGGAGUGCGCCAUGCUGCUGCUGGUGAUGGUGCUGGCAGCGGAGACGCGCGGCGCCGAAGACGCGGACGUGGACGACCUGGACGCGGCAGCCCUCCAGGGUCUCAGCGACCUGCCACUGGACGCCCUGCUGCGCGUGCGCAGAACGCUGGGCUCCCAGCACGCAGCAACCGAAGAGGUGGCGACGGUGGCGUCGGGGACCGAACCCGUCACGGAGCAUGGCGCUCCUGCGGAGGCGGCGGGGGCAGUGGGGGUGGCAGUCGGAGGCGGCCCCGUGGCGGAGGCGCUGGUGGGCGGCGGGCCUGGCCCAAAGGCUGCCAGGAGGGGCGGCAGCGCCGGGGGCGGCGGAUACGGGUACGGCCCUAGCGCCGGCAUGAUGAAGAAGGGCAAGCAGAAGGGCAUGGCGGACAUCUUCCAGGGCUCCGUCACGGCGCUCGCCUUCCUCGCCUUCGCCGGGUACAUCGUCUGCCUCGUGGUGCACGCCAUCCGAUCCAGCGGAGGAACUGGAGGGGCGGAUGCUGGCGUCGGAGGCGUCGGCGGCAGCAUCGGCGGCGUCGGGGGCAGCAUCGGGGGCGGAGCUGCUCCCCCCGCGCUGGUACUGCAGCCUAUUGUUCUGGGCGGCGGUCGAGUGCGGCGGAGGCGGCGCGACGGGGGGCGGUCAGAGCCGGGGGCGGCCACUGGAGGCGGCACCGCGGACGCCAUGUUCGGCGCGCUGCUCGCGUUCGCAGAAGGCUACGCCGGGGGCCGUGCGCGCCACCACCGCCACCUGGAGCUGUAGGCUUCCACCACCAGGCUUCUCUGCCUGCUCCGCAGUCGCGUGGACGCAGGGAGGCGGCUGCGAGACACCUUGUGCCUAGAGGCUGACCACAGGAGUCCAUCUCCUC